GCUUGCGACCUAGUAGGGGAAAUACGUAAGCAGCGAAAAAAGAAAAAAAAAAAGGCCAACCGCCUUACGACGCACGCGCGAUAACAGACCGAACAAGAGUUCGGUCAGAGUGGUCUUGUGUCUAGUGCACCGGACGGACGUGAUAUUAUAGUUAUCUAGUGAAGCCUAUAGUUCGAAUUUUCAAGCAAAAGAAAAAAAAAAUCACAUUUUUUUUUUACUUCUUUUAUCAUUACUUUCAUUGUGCACAACAAGAAAAUGAAGAAUUCGGAUUAAGAGAAAAAAAAAGGAUUUUUUUUUUGGAGGAUAGUUUGAUUGGUGUUCAAGGGUGUGAUACAGCCGAUUUCGUCAUGGAUAAGGGACCAAAACCGCCUGGAUGUCAACUGUACGACCAACACCUCUUCGAUAUUCAAUACGAGCGGGAAGACGUCCAAAAGAAAACUUUUGGCAAGUGGAUCAAUUCACAGUUAAUAAAAAUCAAUUUUUCUUUGGUGACGGACUUGUUUUACGAUCUCCGUGAUGGAACGCGAUUACUCGCCCUACUGAGCGUGUUGACUGGUCGCACUUACAAACCGGAAAAGGGGCACAUGAGAGUCCACCAUUUAAACAAUGUCAGCUCUGCGUUUCGACUCUUAGACAAACACAGCGUGAAGUUGGUCAACAUCAGCUCCAACGAUAUCGUAGACGGCAAUCCAAAAUUAACCUUAGGACUGGUUUGGAGUAUUAUUCUUCACUGGCAGGUACAAGACGUCUUGAAAGGAAGCAUGGCCGAGCUACAGCAAUCGAGUUUGGAAAAGACCUUGCUGAGCUGGUGUCAGGAAGCUACUAAGGAUUACGCUGAGGUCGGCGUUACCAACUUUACAACUUCGUGGUCAGACGGGUUAGCCUUUACUGCCUUAAUCCACCGAUUCCGUCCAGAUUUGUUUGAUUAUGAAAUAGUCAGCCGAAAGCCGGCAAAUGCACGCCUUGAAUACGCUUUUCGUAUGGCCAAUAAGCAUUUAGGAAUAGCACGGUUGUUAGAUCCAGAAGAUGUAAAUACAUCAAAUCCCGACAAGAAGUCAAUAAUGAUGUAUGUUAUGUGCCUCUAUCAAGCCUUACCUCAUGCCAAAGUCCCACUAGUUCCAUCUAAUGACAGCAAUUCGGCAGAUACAACGACAGGAUCUUCCGGGGCUUCUGCGACAAGUUUGAAAAGCAACGAACCCGUGGAUUUCACUGCCUAUCAAACUUUGAUGGAAGAAGUAUUGGUGUGGCUUUUGGCUGCAGAAGAUCAUUUAGAUUCGGCAUCAACCAUUUUAGGCGAUUUGCAAAGUGUCAAGGAGCAAUUUCACAAACAUGAAGAAUUUUUACUUGAGCUAACGUCGCAACAAGGAAGUGUAGGGGCAGUGUUACAUGAAGGAGCACGCUUAGUGAAGGAAGGUGAGCUAAGCAACGAAGAAGCCGAUGAAAUUCACAUUCAAAUGCGGUUACUGAAUUCACGAUGGGAUCAGUUAAGGACAAAGUCAAUGGAUCGACAGGCGCGCAUUCACGAAACCCUGACAAAGCUCCAACAAGAACAAUUGGAAAGGUUGCGACACUGGUUGACCGCGACAGAGGAUCGCAUUUCUCAGUUGGCAGCCGUUUCGCAGCCAGAAAGUCUGACGGCAGCUGAUCAAAUACUUCAAAAUCAUCAGACACUUCAGCGAGACUUGGAAGCGCAACAAGAGCAUGUUAAUGCCUUGUCCAACAUGGUCGUUAUAGUUGACGAGUCUGCCAGUGAUAAUUGCGCACAGAUGGAAGAUCAACUUUCGGCCUUAGGGGAAAGGUGGAGUCAUGUAUGCAGGUGGGCUGAACAAAGGGCAUCGGCUCUUCAGCAAUUGUCAAACCAUUGGGAGCAGUUGACUGCAGAUUUAACACGUCUCAAAUGCUGGCUGGCUUCGCACGAGCAUUCACUGAGGCUCAUUGAAACAAAUCCUAGUACCGAUCGAAGCCAAAUGAUUGAUGUUGCACGUCAGCUUCAGUUAUUGGAACGUGAUAUGGAGCCUCAUGUUCAGCGCCUGAGCCAAUUACAAGAGAACAUUCUGAGGCUUCCUACGUUGAUACAUGCCGUUACUGUCAAGGAAAACAGCAAAAAGAGUCAACCGGUUGGGAAUUUCAAGUGUGUCGAUCGUCUGUUGUCUGACGUCGAAAACUUUGAAGAUAGAAUGGAAGCGCUUAACGAAAUUAUGGAAGCGCAAAGACAAAGACUGGCCAAGAGCGGUUUGGAUUUGACCAUGGUUGUUCUACCACCUGACAUUACCACUUCUUUAACAGCUUUUGGAAGUAAUGACGCGAUAAACAGCACUGUGAGAUCCGACGAGGAGGCCACAUCGAUCAAGAAGCGCAAGUUAGAUAGCGACAGACAUUUAUCAUUCGAAGCAGCUAUUCACGCAGCAAAGCAGCAUUUAACAAAAAUGGAAAUUCUACUCGAAGAGGAUUCGAACUCAGAUGACCUUACGAAGCGACAUGUCGAGAAUAAAACCUUACUAGAUCAAGCACUCAAAUCGGGUCACAUUCUUCUCGAUGAAUUACAAAACGAAGCCAGUGAAAGUUUUGCUGUGGAAGACACGAUGAGUUCUAUAACCGAGCGGUGGCUUCUUGUCGAGGAGUUGCUGACCCAGAAGGGCGCCAACCAACAAGACGUUGAGCGGUUACUAAGGGCCAAGCACUGUGAAAUGGAAAUUGACAAUACUCUCAGCACCGUGAACAAGCUUAGUAACGUGGAAGAGCGGAAUGAAGAAACGUUAUCUAAGUUUCAAGCAAUGCUUCAAAUGGUUACCGAUCAGAUAAAUAAUCUCACAUCACCUGGCAGUGAAAGUUGUGAGAAACUAGAAAAUGCUGUGGAAUCAUUAAAAUGCAAAAUUUGUAAUUUGGAAUCGAGGAUAUCCGAAUUUGAAAAAGAUGUUACAUUGUAUAGACAGCUCAAGGAUGAAAGUCAAAGCCUGGACAAGUGGAUGGCUGAAGUUAACAAUUUUCUUACUGCUGAAGAUGUGGCAUGGGGAGAUGUCGAGGUCCUCGAGGCCCAGCUUGAACAGUCUAACGCUUUGCAAGAUGAUGUAAAGACCUUAGAGCCUAGUGUUGCAAACAUCAAGCACGUCAUAACGUUAUUGGCCCCUAAAGUGGACGAAAAUUUGCUGGCUGAAAUGAACGAAAUCAACGAGAGGCUUGCAACUACAUGGAUAACCGUUAUUGCGGGCGCAUUGCAAAAGAACGGCGUUUUGACUAGCGCUUUGAGCUUAACGCGGCAGACGGUGGACGGCAUCGAAUCAACUAAUACUUGGUUAAAUGAGCUGGAACUCGAAAUUCCACCACCCGCCGUGAUCAACUCGACGUCUGAGUUGUCACAGACGCUUCGAAAGCUGAACGCCUUGAAAAAUCGCGUCGAUUUGAAAACAAACGAGUACAAGAGCUUCAUUGAAGCAGGGAAUGCGGUUGUGGCCCAUCCUCAUGUUGGUGAAGAAUUGAAGGAUAAUAUCCGACUGCUCAGUCAAAGAUGGAACGAUGUUUCUGGCGGCAUUCUAGAACGUCAACGAGCAUUAAAAGCUGCCUCUCAUCAUUAUGGAGAAUUUAAAGUAUUGACUGCACAAGAGUGCGAUUGGCAAGAUAAGCUGGAAAAGAAAUUGAUGCGUUCCACAACAUUGGCAGCAGAUGCGGAAGAGAUAUCGGAGGAGCUGGAUGAUUUGGAAAACUACAUGAAGAAUCGCCCCAAAGCCCGUAUAUUGCGAAUCGAAUCGAUGGGCAGUGAACUGGUCUCCCUGAACAUAAUGACCGAGUCGGUCGGAUCGGAAGUCAAAUCGUUAACUGAUCGCUGGGCCGUCCUCGAAGAAAAGGCCAAAGCGAAAGCCGAGUGGCUGGAAAAACGCGUUCGUGGGGCUCAGCAGUGCGAGCAACGGUUGGUCCAACUGCAUAGCGCCAUCAGCUCGAUCGAUGCCGAGCUCUGCUCAUCCUUGGAGCAUGAUCUCUAUGGUGACGAACUACCUGAACUAAGCCAGCGACUCAGCCAAGAUAUCGCACAGCAAGAGGCCCUCCUUUCUGAAAUUCGCCAUGAAGAGGAAGACUACCAAGCAGAGGGGAGGAAAGAAGCUGCUAAUCGUCUUCACGAACAGCUCUCUUUCAUUGAGGCUACGCUGCAAGACGUCAGGAAUAAGUUUCGAAAGUUCCAAAAUCCAUCUGAGUUGGAACCGCGGCUAGAGCGUAUGCUACGGGUCUUAAGAGACCUGGAGCAAAGCAUGUGUUACAUUGAACUCGCUUCAGAUGACUGUGAGGCCAUCGAGGGACAACUAAACAACUGCAUUCGCUUUUAUGCAAGUCUAAGCGAUAUCAAAACCGAGGUUGAAGCAGUGUUGCGUGAGGGCCGCCAACAAGUCGAAGAGGAGUUGGUGGAAGAUAAGCUCACUGUCAGUGCAGAGCUGGAUGCAAUGAAGGCGCUGUACAAUCGACUGGGAGAGCAAGUAGCUAUUGCCAGAGAGACAUUAGAAAAGGCUCUACAGCUGAGUUAUCAACUGAAUCUGGACAUCAAUGCUAUGACUGACUGGUUGAAUCAUCUAGUAUCCGAAAUUCAUAAGACGGAAGAUACCUUUGCCGACGACACAAAUACCGCAGACGAAAUUCCUUUCUACGAGAAAUGCCUUGACGAAAUGCUUAGCAAUCAGUUUAAAAUGGAUAGUAUUCGUGACAAUUUUGGAUUGUUCUGCGGACUUUGUGAUCCUACCUUACUUGAAACUUUGCGUGAACGAGUAGAAGACAUCACUCAAGAAUGGCAACGUAUCGAAGAGCGUCUCAAGAACAAAAUCAGCAAUCUCAAGGGUGAGCAUAACGACGAUCACAAUGAUAUCGAAGAUGAUGGGGAGCCGUCAUCUCCACAUUUGCCGCAACAGCAGCGCAAUGGCGACGUGCCCGUCCGUAUGUACCGCAGCGUAGUCCUGACAUCUGUUCGGCAGUUCACUGAUCCCGGAUCACCGACAAUGCAGAAAGCGAGUUUGGAACUUCCGGCUUCACCAACACUUGCCGAAGACAUGGACCCGAAAGAUCUUAGCAUCGAUGUUGAAAUGGAAGAAUCGGAUUCCGCUAAAGACGAAGAGAUGGAUGGUCCCGGUCAUGCGACGUUCGAUGACACGUUGGGAUACUUUAACGCAGCUUUCGAGGACUUUGAGGAGCAAGAAAGAGAGGCGUACAUGCAAGAACGUGUGUGUCCCAGUAGGAGCGGCCUGGAAGUCAUCCGAGGCAACGUUGUCGAUUUCAACGAAGAAGACGAAGAAAACAUUGAAUCCUCUCCAUCCCUAACGUCCGAUAGUUCCAGCGAAUCAUCUGACUCUGACAGCGUUAAAGAUGUACCAGUGGACAUAGAAACUACGGUUCCAGAAAAAUUGAAAAUCCUCCAAGUGGACGAUUCGUACGUCGUCGAAGUCAAGGCGGGCAAUUUACCCAGUCCGGAGAUACCAAGCAUGGAGGUAUUGAACUCUAGGCCCAUCACGCCGGAUGAUUUCCUCACGCCGGAAGAAGAAGCUUGGACCUACCCUCAAAUAACUGUUGAUUCUGAUCAACAGAUCGUUAACACCGUCACUACUCACGAAGAGGUGACGUUGCAAAAUCAGGUGUCAUUCGAACAAUUGGUGAUUGAACGUUUCAACUCACAACGGCUUACAGUCGCUUCGCAGGAUCGAUGCCAUUCGCCCGUGACUACGAGCACCCCUCCACCUACCCCGGCGCUGUGUGAAACGAACGCGUUCGACGAAACCUUUGCAAAUGAUUCAUCUAAAGUUGAUGGUUUGGAACGAUUGGAAGUUCGAGUGGAGGAGGAGGAGGACGACGACGACAAACAUGAAGUGUCGCCUCCCUUAGAGGUAUUACAAGUCGUUGAAGUUGAUGAUAAAGCUCCGGAUGUAGAGGAUGCGCAGCCUCCACUUGACGAAGCUGAAGGAAGAGUUGCCCGUGAAGUUGAACAACAAGCUGCAGCUGAUAAUGAUCAAGAAAUCCAAACAUUGAAAGCUCCUUGUACUCAAGUAGCAUUCCAUAGUUUAUCGUGCGACGUUGUCAAACCUGCAGUUAUCGAAGAAUUUCCUGUUGUCGACGUGCCAGUUGUUGAAGUUCUAGUUAUCGAAAAAGUCACAGUUAUCGAAGCCCCAGUGGCCGACGAAACUCUAGUUACCGCAAAAAUCCCAAUCAUCGAAAAUAUUCUAGUUGUCGAAGACGAUCAGCCUCAGGGAUCGUUUCCUAUUGAAAAUAAAGCAGAAAAAGAAAACAGCGAAAAUCCAGACGAUGGGAAACUGCUAAUUAUUGAAGAUGUUGUUGAAAUGAACGUCGCUGAAGUUGCAAAUGUAGAGGAUGCCCAGACGCAAGUAGCAGACGGCACCGUUGAGCUCAUGGUCGUUGAUGUUAGCAAAGAAGACAAGCCAUUUGAAGUUUUGGAAGAUUCUAAUGAGAUAGAACAUGACAUGAUCGUAGAAGAAAAUCAACUUUGCAUUUCGAAGAGACUUGAUGAUGAAGUUUUGGCAAGCUGUGGUUUGUCCCAGAGCAGUUCGUCUUCAUCAGAGAUGAAUGAUUUAGAAGGCGAAAAUGUCCCAGUUUUCAAAGAUUGCCAAUCACCGCAAUAUUCACCGUCAGCUGGGAAGAAGAUUAUUGAAACGAGCGUUCCAGUCACCAAAGGCGAUGAGACGUCGUUUGUCGAAGAACUUGCUAAUAGUCCGGCAUUGUCACGUACGACGUCGUCGUCUAGCAGCUGUUCUCCGUCGCAAAGCGAUGCCGAAGAAGACGGAAUUCCAGCCGUUAACGACCAACAGCUUCACGUUCUGCCUUCCAUUGAGGUUACAGUCCACCCAUUCGAUGAUGCAACUGCUGACGAUAAACAACCUCAGCAUUUCGAAGAAACUAUUGAGAUCGAUGAAGUUCGUGAAGAGGAAGCCAAAGUCCUAACGGAUGAGCAUUCCCCUAUUGCCGUGGCCUUGUCGCACACGGAUUCAUCGGUAAUCAGUUCUUUAUCGCGCGAUCACGUUCAGCAAGAAAUGCCCGACGUUGAAAGUCGUCCCACUUCGAAAGACCCUGUUGAUGUUUGUAGAGAGGCAAUCGAAUCAGAUGGCGCCGAGGUUACAGCAGUUUUGAUUGACGAUGAGAAGGAAGUGAUUGUUGUGAAUCGGCCACUCGAUCAACAUCUACCGCACGAAGCGGACCUAGUUUCGGUCAAGGCAGGAAGCGUCCAAUUGACUGGAGGCGAGGCGCGAGGAGAGGAUGCGAACGAUGCCACGCAGCGGGCGUUGUCGGUCACCAAUAUCAGACCGUCGCGUAAAGUCUCGCGUGACGAAGGCACUCAGACGGACUUUUGCGGUUACACGGGCCGCUUGCAUGUUUCCACUCCCGUCCAACCGGCAGAAAGCACGUCGAUAAUUCAAACGCAAACGAUCCCAUUGCAGGUGGAAGACAUGGAGACGGCCGACGCGCGAGAAGAAGAAGAAGAAGCAGAUCCGUCGCCGACGCUGCAGGAAAUCGAUGCCGAUUUGAAUCGCUUGGUGGCGUCGAUGGAAUCCGCCGAACAAGUGCGCCCCGAUGGCGAUGUCUUUGCAGCCGUGGCCGUCGUUUGCGAACCGAAAGGCAGCGAGGAUGUAGACAGCUUCUACGGCAGCGACAAAGAGGUGGAUAGUGAGGUGGUCUUUUCCCAUACCGACUCGUCAUCGAGCAGCUCUUCCUCGUCAGAGAGUGACGUUGAAGCGGAAACCACUCACAAGCAGGAAAUUGAAGUGCCUACUCCCAAAGACGUACAGGAAUUUCCACUAGACCGCGAAAUUGCCGAAUUCAAUGCGGAAGUGAAACUAAUGUCGCAAAGGAUUGAUGAAGUUAGUGCCAAGUUCUCGCCAUCGUCGCCUAUUGAUCUCGAGAGCGCCGAGAUGGAGCUGUCCCUACUGGAGCCGGACGUUGCGACGCUCAUCAGUCGCGGCGACAGCCUAGUGCUACAGGUGCAGAAGGUUGACCUGGAACGGGCGCUGCGCAUCAACACGACGACGGGUGAACUGCGUGUGGCCCGCACCGCACUCAAAGCCAGUAGCGAGGUGCGACGUCAGCGUCAGGUGGAACAGGAAUUGACUCUCAAGGACUGCCAAAAGAAGACGGAACAGCUGCAGCUCUGGCUGGCCAACAUUGCCCAGACCCUGGACCACGUGACUCGUAUCAACGAUCAAUCUCAACUUGAGUCGCUGGAAGAGGAGCUGAACCGGCGUCAGUGCGAUAUCCGCCAACUCACCGAAGCGGCUGGCAAGUUGAAAGAGCAGCAAGUCCUCGAAUACCAGGCGCUGAUCAGCUCGUUGACGAUACGCUGGCAGGAUCUACAGCGGCAAUUCGUCGACUUUCAGACGAAGGAAUCGUCGGCUUUGGCCUCCGCUGAGGAUCCGUCCGACGACAUCAUGGGCGGGCCGGAUUUCGUGACUCGCGUCAACAAACUACGCGAAGCCAUCGCUUCCGUUUCCCGUCAAAUGCACAGUCCGCCUCUCAACUUGAGGCACUACGAGCAGCUCAGCGGCCAGGAGGAUUCCGUCAAGAUCGUUAAAUCGGCGCUUUACACGCUCAAAGGCGAUGUCGAUACCUAUAACCGCGAAAAGGACGACGCCGUCGAAGCCGUCGAGGCCGUCCAGCAAAAGGAGCAGAUCCAGCGCGUCCUGGACAAAUUGAGAGAGGAAUGGACCCUACUGAACCGCACGUUCGCCGAGAAGCAAGCUCGAGUGCAUCAAUCGCAGACAACGUGGCGCAAUCUGCACGCCGACAUGAAGGACUUUGACGAUUGGCUAACCGGAGCAGAAGCCUCACUGGUUAACCUGCAAAGCGAAAGCCAUAAUCGAUCGGAAAGGAAGGAGAAAUUGAAAGAGCUCGAGUCACAAGUGACCGCCCGUCAUAAGGUGAUGAGCAACAUCACGUCGACGUGCCGCGAAGUCGCCGUUGAGUGCAGCACGGCCGACGCCGUCCUAUUGCGAGAGAAGCAAGACAUGCUGGGCAAAAGGUGGAGGUCACUCCUGUCCGGAUUGGCGGCUGUGCGCCAGCGGUUGACUUCGCUGGACGGAAGCCCGUUGCCCGUUGCAAAAUUGACUCCGUUAGUCAUGUCACCUGCAAGAAAAGAUGAGACGAACGAUUCGGAAUCGGACCUGUCAGUCCACGGAUCCAAAGAGACGCCACCGACGACGCCGAGCACAAUUGUCGCCAGUCUGGACAAGUCGAUCCUGCAGAUACGUGAUUGGCUCACUGUAUUGGAAACGAUGCUGAAACAGCAAGUGGCCAUAGUCGGAGAUAGCGACGACGUACUCCAGCUACUGGAGAAACAAAAGAAUGUCUUACGCGAACUGGAGCAAAAGAAACCACAGUUGGAUGAACUCGUCCAGACGGCUGAAAGUAUUAAGGAUGGAGGACCGCCCACCAGUGGGAAACAGUUGCCGGCGCAAGACAUGAUGUCCCUCCCACCACUGCUCUACCACCUGAGGACAUGCUUACGAGUGAGCAAGCUACGGGAGCAUUGGGAAGAGACGGCCGGAGCGGUGACGUCUCGACGCAAUCAGCUGGAAGAAUUGCUGACGGAUUCGCACCAGUUUGAAAGGCGGAAACAGGACGUGGACCAAUGGCUCGGUCGGAUGGAGAACCGCCUUUCGAAAUUGGCGCCAGUCGCCGGCACUGCCGAUUUGAUCGACACUCAACACCGCGAGCAAAAGGUCCUUCACAACGAGAUCCAGCAAUACAAGAGUCAAGUAGAGCAAUUGACUCAAUUGUCAGAGAAGCUGGUAGCGAACUACCCGCACGACGACACGAGCCGGACUGUCCGCACCAAUGAAAACCUCACUCAGCGCUAUUCAGUUCUUCAUACGGGCGUGAAUGCAAGAGGACGGGCUCUGAAUGCAGCCAUGAGCUCACUGCACAGUUUCGACCGAUCCUUGGACAAGUUCAUGGCUUGGCUAUCCGAUACGGAAUCAGCACUGGAGUCGCUCGAGCUCGAGCUAGACAGCUACGGCCCUGGCGUCAAAACAUCCCGAGAACGCGUCCUGAUUCAGCUCAAGGAAUUGUCUGUGGAACUGGACGGACGGCGUGACGAACAAGCCGGACUGGCCGGAGCCGGUCAACGAUUGAUCAACACGCUGAGCGAUGACGAUUACCGCAACAACGGACAGAGGCCGCAGCAACAACAACAACAACAACAACAACAACAACAGGCCAAUAACGACGAUGCGCUCAUGCUGAGGCAACGAUUGGACGAUAUGAACCGUAGGUGGCACGGACUAAGAGCCAAAACAGUGGCCAUCAGGAAUCGUUUGGAGAACAAUACGGAACACUGGAACGCGUUGCUGCUGUCUCUCCGGGAACUCAUCGAGUGGGUCAUCCGCAAAGACACGGAAUUGACGGGAUUGGGGCCGAUUCGCGGAGAUCUGUCGACACUGGUCAAGCAACAAGAUGAUUUCAGAGCGUUCCGCCGACAGCUGGAUGAUAAACGACCGUUGAUCGAGCAGAGCAUCUUAACCGGGCGACAGCUUGUGGCCAAUGAAGCGCCGCUCUCCGACGCCAGUGAUUCGGAAGCCGCCAACCGGGACCUGCUGCCGGGUGAUUCGCGGGGUUACCGCAGCGCGGAAGAGGCCGCACGCGAACUGACGCAAGGCAUCCGCCGCGAAGGGACCAAGUUGGCCGAACGAUGGGCUGCCCUGCGUGAGCGCACCGAACGAUGGAACGUCGACUUGGACACCACCACCAACCGAGUGCAGCAAUUGCAAGGCAGCAUGGACGACGCCUCUAACCGCCUGGUCCCAGCCGAAGCGGCCCGCUCCAAGUGGAUCAAUCCGACCGAACUGAAUCCACAGCAGGUCCAGCAACACUUGGAUCAAUUGAAGGAACUGAGCGAUAAAAUUGCCCCAGUCCAGCUGACGAUCGAGGAAGUCAACGACCAAGCUGCACGUUUGGCCGAUUCCGGCGUCCCGUUAUCACACGCCAAUCUUUCCCGACUGGACGAUCUCAAUUCACGGUGGAAAGUGUUACAGGCCUCGAUGGACGAUCGAUACCAGCAAUUGUGCGGCGUUACCCGAGACGGAGCGCUCAGUGGACCGCUGCUGCACAGCUUCUUGGCCUCGGCGGUUGACCGGCCCUGGGAGAGAUCCGUCACGGAAGCCGACGUUCCUUAUUACGUCAAUCACCAGACGGAGACGACUCAAUGGGACCAUCCUCAGCUGGAAGAACUGAUGAAUUCAUUGUCCGAGUUCAAUGACGUCCGCUUCUCGGCUUACCGGAUGGCCCUCAAGUUGCGGCGCGUCCAAAAGUUCCUAUGCUUGGAUAAGCUCGAGCUGAGCACGGCCAUUGACACUUUUGACGCACACGGUCUCCGAGCGCAGAACGACAAGGUGAUCGACAUCCCCGAUAUGGUCACUGUCCUUCGUUCUCUCUACGAUGUCGUCGUCGCAGCCUAUCCGGGCGAGAUCCGCCUGCCCCUCAUCAUUGACUUGUGUCUCAACUGGAUCCUCAAUGUCUACGAUAGUCAAAGGUCUGGCGAAGUUCGAGUGCUCUCAUUCAAAGUUGUCAUCACUCUGAUGUGUCGCGGCCAUUUGGAGGACAAGUACAGAUAUUUGUUCCGACUAAUUGCCGAUCCCAAUCGAUUAGUUGAUGCACCAAAGCUGGGCGUCCUUCUACACGAUUGCGUUCAGAUGCCACGCGAACUGGGCGAAGUGGCCGCAUUCGGCGGAUCAAACAUUGAACCUUCGGUCAAGAGUUGUUUUGAAAAAGCCGGUAAACAACGACAGUCGAUUGAGGCCGUCCACUUCUUAGCUUGGAUGAAGCGAGAACCGCAGAGCGUCGUCUGGCUCCCGGUGCUUCAUCGCUUGGCUGCAUCGGAAUCGGCGCGUCACCAAUCAAAGUGCAACGUUUGCAAGGCGACCCCGAUUGUUGGCUUGAGGUACCGUUGCCUCAAGUGUUUAAGUUUCGACAUGUGCCAGACCUGUUUUUUCACGGGAAGAGUGUCGAAACAUCACAAACUGACUCACCCGAUGCAGGAAUAUUGCACGACGACAACAUCGGGAGAAGAUCUGAAAGAUUUCACUCGCACAUUGCGCAACAAAUUCAAAUCCAAGCGAUACUUCAAGAAACAUCCUCGUUUGGGUUACUUGCCGGUACAAACGGCUCUGGAAGGGACAGCAACGCCAUCCGAUGCCCAGUCGGAAAUUUCUUCCGCGAUGCCAUCCAGCGUGGUACAAGACGUUCUUGUCCAUUCAGCAGCCAACUCUGUCAUGGAUGGCAUUCACAAAGAUUUCACCCCAGAAUCGGAAGAUGAACAUCAGCUAAUAGCUCAGUACUGUAGAUCUCUGAACGGAGAUGCGCUCGGCAUGUCAAUGGGGGUAGUUCCGAGGAGCCCGGUGCAAUUAUUAGCCGCUCUAGAUUCGAAUCACAAAGAAGAAAUCGAAACGAUGAUUCGUGAACUGGAAGAGGAAAAUGCCACUCUUCAAGCUGAGUACGAACGACUGCGUUCGCAACAGUCACCUUCAAUGUCUUUCUCGUUCUCUUCCUCGCCGGACGAUGCAACGCCUAUUCCACAUCAGGCUGGAGCCUCGUCGUCUGGUAAUCACACUUCAGAGGUUGAGAGAGACAUGCUGGCCGAAGCCCGCUUAUUGAGGCAGCACAAAACUCGACUGGAGGCCCGAAUGAAAAUACUAGAAGAGCACAAUCGCCAACUUGAAACCCAACUAAGCCGGUUGCGGCAAUUACUAGAUGAACCUGGAGGAAAUGGCAGGGACAACUCGUCACCUGCCAAAACAGGGACGUUGCAAACGCGGGCGGUAACAGCUGCACACCUCGCAACGGAUACGCACGUACGGACCAAUGGUCAUGACAAAAGUCAUUCGUGGGCCGAACACGGCGUGAUGGAUCGAUUAGAAACUAGGCCUCCUCCUCCGCCUCACGGCGCUACCACUAGUUCAAACACGUACAAUGCGCAUAACGUAGGCAACCUUCUUUUCAUGGCGGGUGACUUGGGAAAAGCUGUUGGCUCACUGGUGAACGUAAUGACGGACGAUCAGUCUCCAGGAUUGACGGACGAAGAGGAUUGAAACCACAAUAGGAAUGGUUACCGUGUUGGAAUGUCAUGUAGAAAGUUAUUGUUGCUGUUCAUGAAUUAACACAGAAAAGAAGGAAAAAGAAAGGAAAUUGGAAACACGCUGCUUGUGUAAGAAGCUGUUCUUCCAUUAUGUUUUAUAUCAUGUUAUUGGUUUUAAGACCUCCUGCCCUAUUCGCGUCAUUCAUACGUUGAAUGAUCUAACGUCAAUUCUUUCUCUUUUGUCAAAUUUUUGUUUUCUUCACUUUGCCAAUGAUUUUGGGAGUAGGAGUAUGACAGCCAGCCCAAAACUGUUUCAUGUAGAUUUACUAGUUAACAUCCAGUUUAACAUAUCAUGUAGUUUUCGUACAACCACAACAAUUCUUGGGAGUAUCUAUUCCUCUAUGGCACACACUGAAUAAAACCAACAGUUCCCUGUUUUACACGGAA